CCAACUCAUUAUUAUAUAAACCUUUUUGACCCUACAAUCUAUUCAAAUCAAAGCCCCCAGAAGACUCCACACAAUAUCUGAAACACCUUCCUUCUACCAAACAAAAUCUCAUUCAUUCAUUCUCAACCAUUUCUCACUAACAUCAUCACUAUAUUUUAUUUUUCCUUAACAUGGCCAGGUACCACGAUCCCUACUACUACUACUUGUGGGAGUACUUCUCUUUCCCACUCCACCUCGUCUUCUUCGUGUUCAUCCUUUUCUUCGUGCUAGCGUUCUCGUGGUACAUAAACUACGAGUCUUUGUUCGAGGACUUGCUCGUACAGGUGAAGAUCUUCCUCGCCCUCGUGCCUCUGCUCUUGUUGCUCCUCGUUCACUGCCUCUCGAGCGGAGCGUCGUUCCCAAUACCCUUGCCGGAGGAGAGGGAGUCGCUGCACAGAGCUGGAGGGUCUCCGUGGGGUGUAGCACUCUUGCUUCUCUUCGUGUUGUUCAUGAUGGCAUACCAAUCUUCCUUCCACCAACGUUGGUUUCCUUUGGCUACUAGAUGAGGUGAUGAUGCUCAUGAAGGAGUUGCAAACUAUUGAGUGUGAACCUUUCUUAAUUGGUGAAAGAUUAUAUACAAAAAAUUAUUACAUGAUUCAAGACCAUUUUGAGUAAGAAGCAAUUUCCGUGUGACACAUACAUGUCACGCGAAGAUUGAUCAAAGUCAUCAUCAACACGCAAAUGAUCUCGAACAUGUAAUAAUUUUUGACAUAUUAGAGAGUAGUUAAGCAUGGUUAAAAGAUUAAUUUUCUUUUGGAGUGGGAUCUAGUGAGUUAUAACUAGUAGGUUACUUUACUUUUACACAAAUAUAUGGAAUGGUCAUAUUGCUUAGCUUUGCACUUGUAUUCUGGAUUGAUUUUCCCUCGGCUCAGCAUAAUAUAUGUUGGGUUACUGAAGAGCAAAUUUUCAGCUUUGGAAAGAAAUGAAAUGAAUCAACUUCAUGUAAUAGUUGUGUAGAGCAAAAUGAGCUAUGCUUAUUUUUUUAUGACUUAUUAAUAUUACAAAUUGUUGCUGCG